GGCCCGCCCGGAGGCGCUGAGGAAAUCGCGCACCACUAAACCGCUCUCCAAAGAUGGUGGCGUAGGCUCCGAUUGCAACUGUAUAACUACUGGAAUUUGGCAUUACGGUCCUUUUAAAAAAAGUAUUAAUUCGUUAUAAUUUACAUUUUAUAAGAAAAAUUGAAAGUAUGCCUAACAUCAAGAUUUUUAGCGGCAGCUCUCACCAGGAUUUAUCACAGAAGAUCGCCGAUCGCCUGGGGCUCGAGCUCGGGAAAGUGGUCACCAAGAAAUUCAGUAAUCAGGAGACUUGUAUAAUUCAAAAAUGUCAGAGUGCACUAGCUCGGAACGUUGCGAUUUCAAAGUCCCGCUCAACACUGCAGUACACAAUCGUUGCUAUAUCAUCGCACGAAGGGGGAGGAGAUGGCAUAGUGAUAAUGUCACUGGAGCAGUAAUCCAAGUCAUACGCUAUUGUUAUGUGAUAAGAAGGUGUAGAGCUGGAUGAACACAGCAGGCCAAGCAGCAGCAUAGGAGCAGGAAGGCUGACGUUUCGGGCCCAGAGCCUUCAUCAGAGUUUCUACUAUUUCUGACACUAUUGUUAUGUGAUGUGGUUAAAUCCCACCUUGGCAGAUGGUGAAAUUUGAAUUCAAUUAAUAAAAUCUUGGAGAAAGCAAAUGGCAA